UGUUAUGGAGGAGGUUUCUGAAUUGUUGGGUUUAAGAAAAAAGAAGACACACUUCGUGUUGUUUAUGUUGCGCCAAAAAUGACGAAAAUACCCCUUGUCGAUUUAUAAUAAGAAAUACUUUAUGGACUAAUCUUAUCCCUAAUUGAAAAAAAUCGCUCACUUUCUCUACCCUUUUUCGGCUCCUGAGUUCUGUGAUCGACGACGACAAUGGCGAAGAAGGAAAGCUCUAAGUUGAAGAUAGCAAUCAUACAUCCAGAUCUCGGAAUAGAAACUUCUUGUAUUUUGCAGGGGGUGCGGAGAGAUUGAUUGUUGAUGCUGCAAUGGAACUAGCAUCCAUCGGGCACAGUGUGCAUAUUUUCACAUCACAUCAUGACAAGAACCGAUGUUUUGAAGAGACUGUUAGCGGUGUCUUUCCCGUCACUGUGUAUGGAGAUUUCUUACCACGGCAUAUUUUUUAUCGGCUCCAUGCUGUCUGCGCUUAUCUCCGAUGUCUUUUUGUUGCACUUUGUGUUCUGCUCAUGUGGCCAUCAUUUGAUGUUAUAUUGGCCGACCAAGUCUCCAUUGUGAUUCCAGUAUUGAAGCUUAAAAAAUCAAUAAAGGUUGUCUUUUAUUGUCAUUUUCCGGAUCUUCUUCUGGCUAAACAUACUACUUUACUUAGGAAAAUAUACCGAAUGCCUAUAGAUUUUAUUGAAGAAAGGACAACUGGGAUGGCGGAUCUUGUCUUGGUAAACAGUAAGUUUACUGCAUCAACUUUUGCGAGGACUUUUAAGCAUCUAGAAGCUGGUGGAGUUCAACCUUCAGUUCUGUACCCAGCAGUUAAUCUCGACCAGUUUGGUCAACCACAUGCAUCUAAAAUGAACUUUCUGUCAAUCAACCGCUUCGAGCGAAAGAAGAAUAUUGGUUUGGCAAUUUCAGCAUUUGCCAGGCUUCUCGCCCUUGACGGCAAUAAUGCAAAUGAUGUAACCCUGACUAUUGCAGGGGGUUACGAUAAAAGGCUGAGGGAAAAUGUGGAAUACUUGGAGGAACUCAAAUUCUUAGCGCAAAGGGAAGGAGUGGCAGAUCGAGUUGAUUUUGUGACAUCUUGCUCCACUAGCGAAAGAAACACACUUCUUUCCCAAUGUCACUGUGUCCUUUAUACUCCACAGGAUGAGCACUUUGGCAUUGUACCUUUGGAGGCGAUGGCAGCCUACAAACCAGUCAUUGCGUGUAACAGCGGAGGACCAACAGAGACUAUUAAGCACCAAGUCACAGGAUUUCUUUGUGAGCCUACUCCAGAGGAGUUCUCCUUGGCUAUGAGUAAACUCAUUCAAGAUCCUAAAUUAGCAGAAAGUAUGGGUGUGGAAGCCCGUCAGCAUGUCGUAGAAUCGUUUUCUACCAAGGUUUUUGGUCAGCAACUGAACCGGUACGUUCUUGGUGUUGCCAGAGGAAAACGUGAUUGAAAAUAUCUUAAAACUUUGGUUGAUCUUGUAACCAACAUUCACGCCUUCACGGGUAGAUUCUAUGCGCAUGAUCUUGUAGACUGCCUCUUCUCCCAAUUUGUUCGACCCUCUUCCAGUUUAGUCUAGCCGAAAAUCUCUAGUCUGCCUUAAUUUUUUUUUUUUAAGGGGAAAGUCUGGUUUAAUUUGAUCUAGUUUGAUUCGAACUUAGUAUAAGGUUUCGUAAAUAACGAAUGGGCUUAUGAAGUAUGACAACUUAAUCGUGUUCAUUACUGUUUUUUGUGUAUCAGUUUGACAGUCUGGUUAUAUAUGAGAAGCCAUAUAUUUAUAUC